UAAACUUUGAUGCUACUGUACUGCGCUUUUAAUAGACUAGACGCCAAGAAAAUCAACUGAAAAUGGCUGCAAUCAAGGAAAGUUCGGUCCCCAACGGACCUAAAGAGAUGAGGAAACCUUUCCAGUAUCCAGGUGAUAUACCGCCCGAGUUAUAUGACUGGGUUCCAGCUGAGCAGGAAGGAUUCAGAGAAAAACUGAUCAAAAAAGUGAAGCAGAAUCCAUUUGUCCCGAUCGGUUGCUUGGCCACUGCCGGUGCUCUGACAUAUGGAUUAGUUAUGUUCAAGAGGGGUAAUACAGCCCGAUCUCAGACCAUGAUGAGAGCUAGGGUAGCAGCCCAGGGACUGACCAUUGCAGCUGUCUUAAUAGGCGUUGCCAUGGGAGCAGGCAGACCAACCUAUGACCAGGGAACAAAGUAAACUGUAUCCUCUAGGAUUGGACGAAUAGUAGCCAAUAUUCUAGGUAUUAGGGGUGGAUUGCCUGAAAUAAUAGGACGCCCUCAUCAAGUGAUUGAAUUCAAGAACAUGCUCUGGAACAUCAAUCACAAUUAGGAGCUUAAUAAUUGUUCCAAAGUAAUUGCUGUCAUCGACUGGACUUUUGCUGUCAUCAGGAUUGGAAGUGUGGUUGGCAGAUUCUUCACAUCGGUAUAAGAUAUAAAUGGAAAAACUGCAUGACUUUGUUUUUGCACAAAUACUCUUCAUUGUCACACUUGAAUACAACUUGUCAGAGCCUUCUAUACCAAUGGCUCAAAUAUUUUUGCUCAUUGAUUGCCACCUGUCUUUUAAUGGGGCCAGCGCUAGUAGUUGACAUCAUCUGUAGCAUGAGCACAAGCAUAACAAGUAAUGUGUAGAUAUGAGAAUUAUAAGAAUUGUGGCCCAUUUCGUAACCUGUUCAUUACAAGGCUCGAGAUAGGGAACAACCUGGUACUAGUAGGGAUAUAUGAUGUGCAAGUUCAGAUACUCAAGAACAUGUACAGCAUGUAAACAUUAUGGACCAUCAGUGAGAUAUUUUUACUUGUAUGAUUUGGGAAGACACCAAUCAUUUUUAAUAAUUGUUGUACUGACUAUUUUAGAAUUAUAUCUGAUGGCUGUCGACAUAUUCGAUGACAAUUCUCAAAGCUUGUAAGAAUAUUUGAUCACUCUGUCAAGUAUUAUUAUUUUUUAAUUAUCAUCUGCACAGAUAAGUGGAGGAGGCAAAAACUGUAGAGGAAAGUUAAAUUUAGAUUGUAAUUGAAAUGCCCCCAAAAUGUAGACUCUUAGAGUAAUCAUGUGUUUGUAAAUUUGUACCAAUGAACUGUUUUUUUUAUCAGUUCAUAUUUUUUUUCUAUAUGAAAAAGAUGUUUGCAAUAAUAACUUAUGUAAAGGGUUGUGCCUUUAAUGGAAAUUUCAUUGUUCAUUUGAAAGAAAUUUUAACAAGGUCUGAUGUAUUUUGGGGCUAGUGGACUCAGUGGAGGAGCUUUACAGAUGUUCUUUGCUGGAGGAAAUUUCCCAUCAACAACAACAACAGAAAAAAUGUGUUUGAUGUCUUGUGGAAUUUAGUUGACAUCUGUGUACAUCAUACAUGUACAUCUGUGCCGACUGGACAGAAACGUUAGCCUAACAGAUCGGUAACAGUGAGCUCAGUCACAGCUUUCGGAUUGUUAAGUCAAAACAUUUAUUACAAUGUUAAGCAAUGCAUUGUUGUAACAUUAGGCAUCGCUGCCACAUUACCGGUUGUAACAGGGCCUCUGUUAGUGCACUGCUAGCGCUAACAACAUUUCUGUGCAGUCAGUAUUGGGCUCAGUUGCAUAAAAGUUACUGUAAUGGUAACAUUGCCAACCAAUGGCAACUAUAGUCAGUAGCCAAUCAAAAUCAAGGAUUCCAAUUGAAUAACCAUAAUGGUAAUGUUUAUGUAACUUGGCCCUGGUGUCACUCUAUUCAAUGACUCCUGCUAAUUUUCAGACCAUAUACAUGUAUAUCUGGUACUUUUUUCUAUUGUAGUAUAGCUAGUGUAUAUCUAAGUAUGUCAAGUCAAAAAGUUGCUUCAAAUGAGACUCAUUGAGAAUUAAGAAUUGUGUAAUUUGACAUGCUCAUGUUGAUUAGAAAAGAUUGGAAGGACUUCCAGAUUGAUGAUUUUACUCUCGGUACUUGAUGUGCCGAAACAGUAUAUGAGGAUUUAUGUCAGAAUGAAAGUUUUAUGGGGCUUUGCCGCUUGGGCAAAGGUUGAAUUAGAACGUGAUACAGAUACAUUGGCUAAGGACCACUGAGUGACGGGGCUUUUGUAUGUGAGAGUGAAAUGUGCCUAGCCAUGGACAUAUGGCCUACAUAGUUUCGGUGUAACUAAAUUUACAUGUGUGUGUGUGUACAAUAUUUUUUUGUUAAAAAAAUGACAGUUGUAUCUUCAUUAAUGAUGAAGAGAAAUUAGGAAUUUUCAUAUCAAAAGUAUGUACAUGUACAAUGGUGAUUUUACAUGUUAAAAAGAAAAGAAAAAAAUGUGUGGAAAUUACUGUUAAAGAGUAAGAGUAAAGUGUAAAGAGUGUUGGGAAAAUAUGUACCAUUCUUGAGGGGAUAGUAAGGAUAUCAACAUUGAAUUGCUGAUUUUGGGUAAGGAACUAAAGACCUAAUGUACAUGUAUCUGAAUAGCAAAUCAAUCAUGUACAUCUGUAGCUUUAGCUUGCACUCCUAAAUGUAUCCUAUUAUCUGAAAACUACAUGUAUGUUAUUUUCUUGACCCACUGUUGAGUAUGAGGGGUCAAUGUUGGAUACCCAUCGGUCAGUGUAUAGUAAUAGAGUACCAUUUUCAUUGAAGGUCACUUGCUUUGCACAUGCAGGACAAAGGUUUGAACAUGUAUUCAGAUAACUCCAAAACUCAGGAUAAACGCUUACAGUACACUCUUGUACAUGUAUGUCAUGCUUUUCCUCUUUGAGACUUUCAUAAUGUGUAAUCUUAUUUACAUAUUUGAGUCAAUUGGCAAAUUCUUCAUUAUCAUCACGUAUGAAAUUUGUACGCGUAGGAGGUAAUCAUACAUGUAGCUCUGUAACAACAAAAAAGGGCUUGUGAGGGAUUGCAAAUUUUGAAAGAAUAAUUCUCAUCGGGUACAGUUCAGUUUUUGCAGCUAAAAAUGUGGGAGGCAUUGACUAUUGCGGAAUUGAUGAUUGAUAACAUACAUGUAAGGUCCUUUGACUAUCAAAAUUUUAUUUCAUUUCAGGAUCCCAUACCUGUAUUGCGGAAACUUGAGACCAUGAUUGUUUCCUUGUAUGUGGAAUACUUCAAUUCUGAAAUUUGACUUGCAGUUAGGGAAAUACUUUUUAACAAAGAGUCCCAUGUAACAACCGUACAAAAAGACCUUUUCUGAAGCAUGAAAAAAGUGAUGUGCUGAUUGCAGUGUACAAGAGAAAUUAUACCCUGUGGUAUUUGUUUGCAUGUAUGUAUCAGAAUGGGAGACAACCAUUUUUUUCCUGAUUGGUGCUAUAUUUGCACAUACUUGGUAAAUUCCAUUUGGAAAUCUAUGUCAAGUAUCCAUUUCUCCUGUAAUAAUAUU